ACAAGAUUGCGACCCUGGUGAGGGUUUAUACAGGAAAAACAAUUUAAAACUUAAGACUUCUCUUAUCAUUUAUUAUAAUUAUUUAUUUUGAUCCUUUACUCGACUGUUUUUAGUUUUUUGUGUGUGUGUGGACUGGGAAAUAAAAUUAAAUGCCCCCCUUUUUUUUUUGCAAGAAUAAGUAUCUCUUUCUGAACUGUUUGAAGAGAUUUCUCAUUCAUCAGCAAGCAUAUGAGAUUGAUGCUACUGUAACCUAUCUGCUCCUUGUGUCAUACUUGCAGGUUAAAUGAAUACCUGACGAAAGGGCCCACGUUUCAAGGCAGUGACAUUUGAUAGCUGAGAGGAAAAGUGGCUUUAAUGAAAAGCAACCUUUGGAAUUCCAGCUUGUGAAAAAAUCCAAUUCCGCUUUUUGUGCUGCCAGCAAGAAAUGAUCAGCAGUACCAGUGUUUAUGAUUCAGUAUGGAAACAAUGGAAAGGCUAAAUGGGAGAAACAAGACAUUGCUAGGUAAGAGAAAGACAUCACAAGCACAGGGUUACAAAUGAAGAGCUGCUGUGGAUUAUCUGAUUAACACUGAGCCUGACUGCUGCCCUUAACAAUAUCUGGUCAUACUACCUAUGGUGCUAUAAGUCAGUAGCCACCAUAACAUCAUGGAUGCCUUGAGGUCUCCCUGGGAUGAUCCAAGUCAGAUUCACUCCUUCAGCAACAUUAUUUGGAUGUACCCCACUCAAGGCUUGAAGAUGCAGUGGACGCCGGAGCAUGCACAAUGGCCAGAGCAACAUUUUGACAUAACAUCAACCACGCGAUCACCAGCCCAUAAAGUUGAAGCAUAUCGUGGCCACUUGCAACGUACUUAUCAAUAUGCAUGGGCAAAUGAUGACAUAUCUGCACUAACGGCAUCUAACCUUCUUAAGAAAUAUGCAGAAAAAUAUUCUGGAAUUUUGGAUGGCUCUAUGGAAAGACCCAUACUAUCAAAUUAUGCUGAUGUAAAUGGUCGUAAAAAUGAAAAUGAACCAUGGCAAUCUUCUUUAAAUUCAGAAAGUGUUUACCCUAUGAACUGUGUUACAGAUGUGAUUACAGCUAGCAAGGCUGGAGUGGGAGCAGCUAUCCCACCAGUAGAUGUCUCAGCCAGCAUAGGGAGUUCUCCUGGUGUGGCAAGUAACAUGACAGAACCUAGUUAUUCUAGUAGUACAUGUGGAAAUCACACUGUACCAAGUCUCCAUUCUGGACUUCCAUCUCAGGAAUAUGCCACAGGUUAUAAUGGUUCAUAUUUACAUGCAAGUUAUAGCAGCCAGUCAGCGUCUGCACUACCAUCCCCUCAUCCAUCCCCCCUUCAUAGUUCAGGACUUCUACAGCCUCCACCACCCCCACCUCCUCCUCCAUCUCUGGUUCCUGGCUACAAUGGUGCCUCUAAUAUUUCCAGUUACAAUUAUCCCCCUGCUAGCUACCCCCCUCAAUCAAAUGUUGGAUCAGGGUAUAGUCCAGGUAGUGCACCUCCUCCUUCUGCUUACCUUCCUUCAGGUAUCCCAGCUCCUACUCCACUUCCUCCCACAACUGUGCCAGGUUAUAGCUACCAGAGCCAUGGCCUGGCUCCAAUUGCACCGUCUGCACUGUCAAAUAAUUCAGCAAGUUCAUUGAAAAGAAAAGCUUUUUACAUGGCGGCACAAGGGGAAAUAGACUCCAGUUAUGGAAAUUAUAGCUAUGGCCAACAGAGAACCUCACAUAGCCCCAUGUAUAGAAUGUCUGAUACCAGUAUCUCAAACUCAAAUAGAGGAAAUGGAUUUGACAGAAGUACUGAAACAACACCUUUAGCAUUUAAGCCAACAAAACAGCUUGUUUCCUCUGAUCAACAAAGAAAAUUUAGUAGCCAGUCAACAAGAGCUAUAACACCACCAUCAUACAGCACCUCUAAGAAUUCAAGGUCAAGUGAAUCUUUUGGAAAAUACAACUCCUCUUCAAUUAAUGAACAUAAUGAUGAGCAUAGACAACUUCUUUCACAUCCACUGCAAGGUUCUGGACUUCAUGCAGCUACCUCAUCCAACCACUCUGUGGACGAACAGCUGAAGAACACUGACACACAUCUCAUUGACCUUAUAACAAAUGAGAUUAUUAACCAGGGACAUCCAGUAGACUGGGAUGAAAUUGCUGGUCUUGAUUUAGUAAAGGCUUUCAUUAAAGAAGAGGUUUUAUGGCCUGUGAUUCGAUCUGAUGCAUUCAGUGGACUGACAGCUUUACCUCGAAGCAUUCUAUUGUUUGGACCUAGAGGAACGGGAAAAACAUUACUGGGCAGAUGUAUGGCUAGUCAGCUUGGUGCAACAUUUUUUAAAAUAUCUGGCUCUAAUCUUGUCACAAAGUGGAUAACAGAAGGAGAAAAAAUUGUCCAUGCAUCUUUUCUUGUAGCAAGAUGCCGACAACCAUCAGUGAUUUUUGUUAGUGACAUUGAUAUGCUUCUCUCAUCUCAAGUGAAUGAUGAACACAGCCCAAUAAGUCGUAUGAGAACAGAGUUUCUUAUGCAGUUAGAUACUGUUUUGUCAUCUGCAGAGGACCAAAUCAUUGUAAUCUGUGCCACAAGUAAACCUGAAGAAAUAGAUGAAUCUCUACGGAGAUAUUUUAUGAAAAGACUUUUAAUCCCACUUCCAGACAGCACAGCUAGACAUCAGAUAAUAAUACAACUGCUCUCACAGCACAAUUACUGUCUCAGUGACAAAGAGAUUGCACUCUUAGUACAGCGCACCGAAGGUUUUUCUGGACUUGAUGUGACUCGCUUGUGUCAGGAAGCAGUGGUAGGUCCUCUUCAUGCUGUACCACCCUCAGAACUUUCAGCUAUUAUGCCCAGCCAGUUGAGGCCAGUGACAUAUCAAGACUUUGAAAAUGUAUUCUGCAAGAUCCAACCAAGCAUAUCUCAAAAAGAACUUGAUACUUAUAUUGAAUGGAACAAAAUGUUUGGUUGCAAUCAGUGAUAGUCCUUAAUAUUGCAUUGAAUGUUGGCACAUACACAUAUGCGAUAUGGGGAAUAGAACCCCUUUUUUGUAAUGUCCUAAAUAUAAAGGGUACCAGGAUAACCACCAUACCUGUUGUGCAUCUGAAGAGUCAGGGUAGACAUGAAAGGACGUGCAUCAAACAACACCACUAUUUUGAAUUAAAUAACAUGACAGAGAGCAUUUGUUGAUGCUCAUUUCUUUUCAAGCUAGUCAAUGCUCAUUAAGAAGCAGGGUGGAAGUUGACUUUGGAUUGCUAUGAACCUUGUCUGUUGAUUCCAUUCUGCUGUUCUUGAGAUUUAGUUGCUGUCAAGUGCCUGAAGUGGUGCUUUAUUUUUUGUUUGCCUCACAAUUACAUUGGUGGCAUGUGCUAAUAUAAAGAGCUUUAACUUCAAACAUUACUGGACUAAAGAUGAGCGUUCGUGUUGAGAGACAGAGAGCCAGAUUUUUCCAUUUUAUGAGCAACAGUAUUCCUCAGUCCUGUCUGUUCUGCAGUUUAAACUAAGAGCAGUAACACAGGAAAACCAUAAUCUGGACCUUAAUUUCUGCAAUUUAAUUAUUUUAAUGUUCUGUCUGCAAAAAAAACAAAACCAACAAAAUCAAAAACUCAGGAAAGUGAUUGAGUUGUCCAGUACCUCAAAGAAAUGUGUUGAACACACUAUGUACUGCUGAGAGAUUUGAACAGUAGAAGUCAUGUUACUUUAUAUCAAAAUGUAUAUUUACCUCAUGAAUUGAUAAGUGGCAUGAAAAAUUGCUUUGAAUGUAUUUGGUUGAUUCUAAAACAAAAUGGCUGAAAUCUUGCCAUAAUACUUUGUAAAAAAAACUGAAUUCCCUAUGUAAAUGAGUCAUUAUUUAGUGUUACCAGUUAAGGUAUUAAAUCAAAGUCUUUUUUGUUGUUUUUUUAAUAUAAAAUUAAAAUAACAUGCUGAUACAGUGCAAGCAUUACAUAUCAGUAUUUAUGAGCGAAACUGAAUAAAAGAAAAAACAUUAAAUCAAAUCCACAUUAACACUUUGUUUAACCUGUGAAAACCGAGUAGCUAUUUUCAGAUGUCACACUGUCAACAGUAACUUAUCCUUUGUAAUUAUUUAUAUUCAUAUAAUAUUCUAAGACAUAUGUCCAAAAAAAGUAUUUAGUCCAGUGCAUUUAAAGACUUAAUAUGUUUUUCCUAAUUACGUAAUGAAAUCAGCACUAUUCAACCAAAAUACAUGUAAAAGUGAAUAUUCAUUGUCAAAAGCUUGUUUUUCUUUUCCCAAACUGCAGUGCAGAACUCUUCUAGCUGUGUUUGGUACAUGAGAAAAUCAGACUAAGUUCACAGAUUUUGAUGCUACUAAAUGGGCUUUCUCUAGCAUUCUUCAAAGAUACUGAUGUACAUGAGUUGCACUAAAGGCUUACAAGUUCUUGAAAUCUUAUGUUCCCUUAUAUCUCUGAAGAACUGCCUUUUUAAUGCCCUUUUUAAAAUGCUAUUGUAUCAUUUUAGUGUAAUUCAUAUACACAUUUAACAUUGCUUUAAUAUAUUGUCAGUGGCAGGUAUGAGAACUCACCCUUUCUUUUUUUACCUUUAGUUGGACCUCUCUUGUGUUACAUCAAAGAAUAAAAUGAUUAUUCUGAUCUGGUUACAUUGGUUUUGUGCAGCCAGGCUUUCCAUGUAUUUCCUAUCUACCUACGAUAUUUUCCCAUGCACACUCACUAUAUAUUUUUGUUAUUUCUUGGCUAGCUUAUGCCUUUGGGAUUAUGUUUUUUAUUUUAUUUUGUUUUUUAACGUUGGUACCUCGUCUUUAUUUUUUUAGCCAAUUAUUCUCACCCCAGGAUUGGAGCAGUGUAUAAACUACUGCUGCACAGUGCCUGCCACUAUAUGUACAGCAUAUAUCUGCUUUUUUUGAAUGUAUUGUUUUUUUUUCUUAAUAGAGGCAGUUACAAAACUGUCACAAAGCACUGGCAUUUGAUGUACAUUAAAGACAUAAAAUAAAUGCACUGAACUCUGUAUGUAAGAAAUUACUCUUGUUUUUUCCAGCAGAUAUUAUUUUAAACAUUUCGCACAAACACUUUACAUGGAAAAGAGAUGUUGAUUAUUGCUAAAGUCUACUGUUUAAGUCCAAAGAAAUGUAAAUACAUUACAAAAUGUUGGCCAAUUUUACGUAAUGAGUUUAAUAAGAAUAAAUAAAUAGCAACUGUU